UGUGCACAUUACAUAGUUGAAACAUCAUGAUUCGAACUCCACGGGCGACUAAAACUACUCUUCGUUAGACUUGCACAGGCCUUAACCUCUCAUCAGCAUCACUACAUUAUGACUCGCCCCGAAGCGUUCUUUUUACAUGGAGUCGCCGUGGGCGUGAUGACAUAUGGCUUUAUUAGCCUCAGAACGCUACCCAUGGAUGCCUGGAUCCGAGCACAGAAAGGUGGGCACUUCCAGUUUCUGACUAUACAAGGGCUGGCUGUCGCUUGGUUGACCAUGGUCCUAAGCCUUGGCUAUGAUGUACUACCUUCAUUCGCCGGUAAGAGGGACAGUCAACCAGCUCUUUCCACAUGGAGUAUGACACAUUCUCCAGCCCUUCGCGCAGCUAAACGUGCUUCCCUUAUGAUAGCUCUCCCUCUCACAUUCGUGAUAUCCGCAGUGUACUGGUCACUCUUGUUGUUUUUUCCAUCAUUGAUUCUGCAGCGCCAGCUUCCAGGACUAUCUGAACCCUCUUCUUCAUCGACCCUCCCUGCACUGGCACGGAUUCCUUUCAACAUAGAUUUCUCUCUCCAUCUCGCUCCCGUCCUCGCCCUUUUUGCGGACUUUAUUUUCUUCGAGAAGAAAUAUACCAAAAAGCAAGUCCAAAUUGGCUCACCACUCGUCGUCCUCGCCUGUGGGACAUGGUAUGCCUGUUGGGUAGAAUAUUGUGCUAGUUAUAACCAUACAUUUCCAUACCCUUUCCUGACGGAGAACCCAUUUAACAUUCGUGUUGGCAUCUAUAUAUUCGUGUCCUUGCUUGCUUGGAGCUGUUUCCGCCUCAUGAACGCGCUCCAUCCUUAGAAGGUUAUACCAUCCUUAUACCUUGGUGUAGAGCUAGGAGUCAACAACAGACCGUCAGGGUCCUGCAUAUAUAAUUGGUGGGGCUCAGUUCAUAGAUAUAGAUCGUCGAUAUCAUUCGAAACACGAUAAUAAUGCAGAGAUUGUUAUGAGUAGUAUAACUUGAUAACAAUGGUCGAUGAACCAAUGUCGCCUUUCCGCCUAUUUUAGCCAACACAUUUUGGAACUAUAGUAUCAAUUGCCUCGGACACUGCACACGAGGCUAGGUGUUACAAUGUAAGAU